CUCUGUGCCGCGCCGGGCCCGCCCUGGCGCGCGUGGGCGGAGAGGCGGAAGCGGCGGCGCGGCCAUGGCGGCGGCGAGCGUGGGGCAGCAGUGGGUGCUGGUGGAGAUGGUUCAGGCCUUCUACGAGGCUCCCGCUUACCAUCUCAUUUUAGAAGGAAUUCUAAUACUAUGGAUAAUCAGACUUCUUUUCUCCAAGACAUAUAAGCUUCAAGAGCGAUCUGAUCUAACACUUAAGGAAAAAGAAGAGUUGAUUGAAGAAUGGCAGCCAGAGCCUCUUGUGCCUCCUGUACCAAAAGAUCACCCAGCUCUCAAUUACAACAUUGUUUCAGGUCCUCCUACCCAUAUAAUCACUGUUAAUGGCAAGGAAUGUAUAAACUUUGCAUCAUUUAACUUCCUUGGACUUUUGAAUAAUGAAAAAGUUAAGAGUGCAGCCCAGGCUUCUCUGAAGAAAUAUGGUGUUGGCACUUGUGGACCCAGAGGAUUCUAUGGUACUUUUGAUGUGCACUUAGAAUUAGAAGAACGGCUAGCAAAAUUCAUGAGGACAGAAGAAGCUAUUAUAUAUUCAUAUGGAUUUGCAACAAUUGCCAGUGCUAUUCCUGCAUAUUCAAAGAGAGGGGACAUUGUGUUUGUAGAUGAAGCUGCCUGCUUUGCUAUUCAGAAGGGAUUACAAGCAUCUCGUAGUAACAUCAAGUUAUUUAAGCAUAAUGAUAUGGCUGACCUUGAACGACUGUUGAAAGAACAAGAGACUGAAGAUCAAAAGAAUCCUCGCAAGGCCCGUGUAACUCGAAGGUUUAUUGUAGUGGAAGGAUUGUAUAUGAACACAGGAGACAUUUGCCCUCUUCCAGAGUUGAUAAAAUUGAAGUAUAAAUACAAAGUUAGAAUAUUUUUGGAAGAGAGCCUUUCCUUUGGAGUCCUUGGAGCACAUGGAAGAGGAAUCACUGAGCACUUUGGAAUAAAUAUUGAUGAUAUAGAUCUUAUUAGUGCAAACAUGGAAAAUUCACUGGCUUCUAUUGGUGGAUUUUGCUGUGGAAGAUCUUUUAUUAUUGACCAUCAGAGAUUGUCUGGUCAAGGCUAUUGCUUUUCGGCCUCCCUACCUCCUUUGUUAGCUGCUGCUGCUAUUGAGGCUCUUAAUAUUAUGGAGGAUAAUCCAGAUAUUUUUCAGACUCUCCGGGCUAAAUGUGAACGGAUUCACAAAGCUUUACAGGGGAUUUCUGGUUUAAAAGUAGUGGGAGAAUCUUUUUCUCCAGCAUUGCACUUACAGUUGGAGGAGAGCUGUGGAUCUCGAGAAAAUGAUGUGAAAUUACUCAAAAGAGUUGUGGAUUAUUGCAUGAAUAGUGGUAUUGCAUUAACACAGGCUCGCUAUCUGGAGAAAGAAGAAAAAUGUCUUCCCCCACCCAGUAUUCGAGUAGUGAUAACAGUGGAACAAACAGAACAAGAACUGGACAAAGCUGCAUCACUUCUUAAGGAAGCUGCACAAUCUGUGUUGAGUUAGACUGCCAUUUUUGGAUUCCUCCUUCCCCACAUUAUCAGGAUAAGUGUUUUACACUGUAUAGUGACUACCAGAUUCUUCCACUGAUCGCUUCCAUUGAAAGCUGACUAACAAAAUUGUUCUAGAGUGAUACAAAUGCAGUGAGGGGAAGAAUGCUGAAUUUUGGAGUUAGUGAAUGACAAAGUGUUGUUCCAGUUCAAACUCUACCAUUUUCUCACAUUACUUAAAAUGGGAUAUCAAUAUUGAAUUCAUGACUCUUUCAUAAGUUAGUAUAAAACACUUUAAAUUUAUUUCCUCAAAUCCUUGAACGUUCUCAAAAAUGUGUAUAAACAUUCAGUUUCACCCCAAACCAUGUAAAAUGUGGUUUUUUUCUCUCCAUUUUCUUAGAAUGUGGGAACUUCAAAUAAAUUUCAAAAAAUUAUCCUUCCCUACCUUCCAAAUGAAAAUACACUGUUCCUAAUAUUAGCAAAAGGAUAACACAUUAAGAUAUAAUUUUGUGCUAUAUUAUGUAAUUUAUUACUGAAUACAGGAGGGAGGACCUUCAAUUAUUUUUGUUUAUAUAUCUUUCUCUAACCACUUUUGGCAGCCAGGUUUUAAGAAAGCCUGGCCAGAGAGAAAACUCAUAUCAAACACUACUUAAUUUUUGCAUUCCAUAUGUAAUUAUAUGCAUGUUUGAUAUUAUGGGUGAGGUUUUUCAUACUAUUAUCUUUAAAAUAUCUAAAUUCAAACCUCUGAAUUGUGAAACUGGUGUAGUUCCAAUGUAGUGUGUUCAGAUAAGGGAGCUUUGUACCAGUCUUGAAGAGGAGUAAUAGGCAACGUGAAAAAUGAACCAAGGUAUUGAACCAGCAACUAAAUACUAGCUUAGUCAAACUACUUUUAAGGACAAAAAUAAUGUGUGCUUAGUUUUAUCUGUAAACAUCUAUACCUUAGAAGAGAAGACUCACAGAUAGCUACUAAGAGUUUAGAUGGUACAAAUACUACUGAAACAUUAGUCAAUCUGUGCACAUAAAAUUCCCAAGUAAUUUGAAAGUAAUGUUUGGAGGUUGUGCUGUCAGGAUUUUAAGUAAGCACAGACGGACAUUACAUAUAUGGACACUUUACUUCAAUCAGGAAACUGGUAAGGAAGUGUGUAUCUUUUUAUUAAACAGAAAAUACAACUUUUUAUUUUACUAUUUUGCUUUAAGAAUGCCUGUCUGAAAUUUUUGUAUUUUGCCUAAUGUGUGUUGAGUUGUUUUGUACUUACGUGCCUUUUUGGUUGCUACUACAAGGAUUACAGGACUAUUUUUGAGAAACAUCAUUGUUAAAUAUAAAGUUAAUCAUGUUUGAUUCAGAUUUUUACUUACACAAUUGGAUUUGUAGCAUCGUUGACCAUAUAUUGUUAAAUAUUCUACAUUAGGUAAGCAUAGUCUAUGCUGCCUCCAGUUCACAGAGACCAUUUUUACGCUGGCUUUCAAAACUUUUCAUCUGUGUAUGUUCAGAUAGAACACAUAAAGUUGUGUUGCGGCACUUCCGUGAUUGUUGCUUGACAUUUGAAAUAGUCAAAUCAUUAUUUGUGGAAUGUAGUAAAACAAAUCCCAGUGUGAAAGAGAAUCCCUAUUUCAAUGACAUUUAUGUUUUCUCUGUUAACUGUGAGUAAAAGCCAGUGAGAAGCCAACAAUUUAGAAAAGAAAAAAAUGUGCAGAAUGAGACUGACUCCCAUUUUACAGACUGGAACUGAAGUGCAGAAUAGUCAUCUUGAAGAGUCUCAGAGACUGCGAGAAAUGGAAAUUAAAUGUUAUGGCUCUGCUUUGAGCUUUUGAGCCAUUUUUGGCUGGAUAAUUGAAACCUUUAAAUUCGAGUGAAGUCAAGCCUUUGAUGUAUAAAUUUGGAACAAAUGAGGUACUUUGAUUCCAGUGCAGCAUAUUAAAUGGUUUUGGAGUUAAGAUAAGCCUGGGAAGGUAAGCAAAUAGCCAUUGGCAUUGAAAUCCUAGGUUGCAGAAUCUGUAUUCAAUUCUCUCAUUUUAUUUUAGGUUGUCUGCAAAUGGGGUGUAAUUUUUGUUGUGCUUAGAGAACUCACAAUAAUUUUUAGAUAUAUGGAUUUGUGUUGUUAUUUUUGUUCUUGGUUUGUUGGGUAUUUUUGCUUUUAAUGGAAGUGAUGACAACUAAGGUAGAAGCAGAGUGAAAUUUCUAGCAAUUUCAAAUAUGUGGCUAAGUAGUUCUGAUAAAAUAAAAGUUAAAAAAUGUUGCUAAGAGAUGCCAUAAUCUGAUUCAUUUGACAAACACAUACCCGCCAUUAAAACAUUGGUAAAACUGCCUUUGUCCUUUUUUAUUGUUUACCAGUAUAUAGGAAAGAAGCAUUUAGAUCACAGUAAAGUGAAUACCUUGGUUGAUAGCAGCUGAAGUACUCUUGUAAUAUAUAUUUUACUGACAGGUUAUAUGCAUGGUCUCUGUUAAAAAUUUAAGACACUUAUGAGAUGUAACUGGUGGAGAGGGAAAUCCCUGCUCAGUUAAAGCAUAUCUGGCUCCUCUUCAUUUUGACUUUCUUGAUAAAUGUCUCUGUCAUGGCAAGCAGAUGAAGAAAUGGGUGGCUCUGGGGAAAAAUGUUGAUUUGGGUUAGGGAGACAGCAGGUGAUUCUGAUUAAACUUUUGACAUUUGAAAAAUCAGAAGCCUGUUAAGGCGCUUAACUACGUAGUGCUCUUGGCUGAUAAAUAUAUUAACAAAUCUGUGUUAGUUGCUUUGUAGUUACGUUUGGAUGAAUUGGUAUUGUUCCAUCCAUUUCUUCAGAUGUGGGCAUGAGACUGGAGUUCAGUGUAAACUUAUUAAAUAGGAUACUGUGAGAUGAAUCAAACACAAGAACCUUAUCCCAAACUUCAAAGUAUCUUUUGAAAAAAAAAUUGUUUCAAAUAAUUUAUGUAUUUAUAUAUUCACCACAUUCUUGGAACAGAGUUUCAGCUAAGUGGAUAAUAAAUCCAGUAUUUUAAAUAGUGAAGAAAAAUAAAUGUUGUUAAUUUUUUUAAAUUGACUAUUAAUAUCUGAUAGUUGUGAAGAAGGGCAUUUUAACUGUAAACCAUUGGUCAUUUAUUGAAAUUGUUUUGAUGAAACCAAUUUUUUACAAUAUAUGAGGACUGGGAUGGACUGGAAAGAAUUUAUACUUUCAAAAUAUUUUAUCUUGAAACAUGUCUGCAUGAUAUAUAUAUUCAUAUUUUAAACAAAGAGAUUUAUUUUCCUUGAAUAUUUAAAAAGAAUUUAUUGCUAUUUGUGUAGUUUCAGGGUUUUUAUAGGAAAAACUACAGAUGCCUUUUCUGUUUAUUAUAAUAAUCAUUAUUUUUGGAUAGGAGGCGAAAUGCAUAAGGAGGGUAUUAAGAAAGAAAGAGACGUAUGGCUGAAUAACUUUGAUUUUAUUUUUUUUCACGUUUGAAAUAUGAACCCAGUCAAUGCACAGAAUGGUGUACUGUCUCCUUUCUGUCACUCCAUCUGGACUUUAUUAUUUUAAACAGGGUUGUGGAGUGUUGGCAUUCACUGAUCUAUGAAGUUGCUACCACAAAAGUGUCUUGCAUCUUAAGAUGACUAGAGAAGUGCACAUGUAAAUGUACAGAGCUGUAAAUGCUGCUUAAACAGAGGAAAUAUUUACAACUAACACAAAGCAUUUGUACAUUAAACUGUUUCAGUGUCCUAAUAAAAGGAAAUGUCUGGAUAACA